AUGUGGCAAAGCGAAGGAGAGGAGGAAUAUGCGGACAUGCCACCGCUUGAAGAAGAGGGGAAGGAUGAUGACCUGGUUGAAAUAGAAGAGGACCUCAUAGCUCGAACUAUGGUGACUAUGAGAGUGCUAAAUGCACAAGCUCAAGAAGAUGAUCUCCAACGGACCAACAUUUUUCAUACGAGAUGCAAAAUUGGAGAUGAGGAUGUGUUUCCGGAGAAACUACCGAAAGGAUUACCUCCAAUUCGAUGUAUUGAACAUCAAAUCGACUUUGUUUCUGGAGCAAUUCUACCAAAUCGACCAGCCUAUAGAGCAAAUCCGGAGGAAACAAAGGAAAUCCAAAGGCAAGUCGAUUCCCUCCUUGAAAAGGACCAGGUUCAUGAAUCUCUUAGUCCUUGUGCGGUUCCAGUCAUUUUAGUACCUAAGAAAGAAGGGACUUGGAGAAUGUGUACAGAUUGUCGUGCAAUUAAUAAAAUUACUGUUAAGUAUCGUCAUCCCAUUCCUAGCAAGUCUUUAGAUGAACAUGAUGAGCAUUUUCGACUUGUUUUAAGUGCCUUGCGUGAAGAUAGAUUGUUUGCUAAUAUGGAAAAAUGUGUCUUUUGCACUCCUGAAGUUAAUUUCCUUGGAUAUAUUGUUGGUGCAAAUGGCAUAAGUGUUGAUCCCGCCAAGGUAAAAGCCAUCUUAGAGUGGCCGACUCCAACCAAUAUGUCUCAAGUAAGGUCUUUUCAUGGUCUUGCAAGUUUCUAUAGGAGAUUUGUUAAAGACUUUAGCACUAUUGCAACACCUUUGAAUGAGGUAAUUAAAAAGAAUAUGGGGUUUCAAUGGGGAAAAGAGCAAGAAGAGUCAUUUCUUAAGCUUAAGAAGUUGUUAACUUCGGCACCUAUUCUUGCUUUGCCUAAUUUUGACUUGACGUUCGAAGUUGAAUGUGAUGCUAGUGGAAUCGGCAUAGGGGCUGUCUUACAUCAAAAUAAUAGGCCUUUGGCUUAUUUUAGUGAAAAGUUGAGUGGGGGAGCUCUUAAUUACCCUACUUAUGAUAAAGAAUUGUACGCUGUUGUGCGUGCUCUUGAAGUGUGGCAGCAUUAUCUUAUGCCUAAGGAGAAGACAAGUGAUGCACGCCAUGUUGCUGAUUUAUUCUUCAAGGAAGUGGUUAGAUUGCAUGGGGUACCGCGUACUAUUAUAAGUGAUAGGGAUGUGAAAUUCUUAAACUACUUCUGGAAAUCACUUUGGGGAAAAUUGGGAACGAAGUUGCUAUUUUCUACUUCUAGUCAUCCUCAAACGGAUGGUCAAACCGAGGUAACCAAUCGAACCCUUGGUGCUUUACUUCGAGCCAUUGUUCAAAAGAACUUGAAGAAGUGGGAAGAAUGUUUGUCUAUCGCUGAGUUUGCAUAA